AUGUGGAAAGUGGUCGUGUUUGUGUUUUUGCUGUCAUGCACGGGCGUGACGGUGAACGAUGCUGCAGAUGGGAAACCUGAAUCUAGUACAGACUUGUCCGAACCUGUGGAAAAUGUAAAGACAGAAGAGACUGAGGGCGUCAAAACAAGUCCAAGUGAUCCUGCUUCUCAAAUUGUCCCAGGCAAACUACUGGUGAUCCCCAUGGAUGGAAGUCACUGGGUGGGUGUCAAAGCCCUCGCACAAGAGAUGGGGCGUCGUGGACACCAGGUCACAGUGGUCAUUCCAGAGCUCAGCAUUCGGAUGGGUCCAGGAAAACAUUACGAAACUAUAACCUACCCUGUCCCCUACGAUCAGGAAACCAUUGAUCAACUUUUGUCUACGAACAAGGACCUAAUGGACAAAUCGGAAUCGUCUUUCAUUCAGAAGAUAAGGAGCCGGUUUGCACAGAUGCAGCAAAUACAGGACUUCUUCCACACGACUGCAGAGAGUCUGAUAUUCAAUGAUACUCUCAUACUACAUCUGGCACAGAAGGUGAGAUCAAAUGCGCAGCUGAUGCUAGAAACAGAAAUUAAUUCUAUUUAAUUUCAAUGUACUGCACAUUAACCAGAUUUUUACAGGUGCUAAUUCAGGCUGGGUCUGCUAUAAGUUGCCCUUUUGAUAGCUUUGCUGUGUUGGAGUGAAGUAGUGGCGUUAUAGGCCCAUUACCAGCAGGUCGUUUAAAGGUGGAUAACUACAUCUGUGGAUACAGAUGCUGGCUUUUGAACUUUGUGUGGAUAACAGUUUCGAUGGUUCUUUUCCUCUUUGUCCUGGGGGACAUGACGUCCACUAUUUCCAAAAAACAAUUUGAAAUGUGGACUCGUCAGACCACAGAACACUUUUCCACUUUCAUUAGUCCAUCUUAGAUGAGCCUGGGCCCAGAAAAGUCGGCGGCGUUUCUGGAUGUUGUUGAUAAAUGGCUUUCGCUUUGCACAGUAGAGUUUUAAUUUACAGAUGUAGCGACAAACUGUAUUUACUGACAGUGGUUUUCUGAAGUGUUCCUGAGUCCAUGUGGUGAUAUCCUUUACACAUUGAUGGUGGUUUUUUAUACAGUGCCGCCUGAGGGAUCAAAGGUCACAGGCAUUCAAUGUUGGUUUCGGGCUGUGCCGUUUACAUGCAGUGAUUUCUCCAGAUUCUCUGAACCUUUUGAUGAUAUUAUGGACCGCAGAUGUGGAAAUCCCUAAAUUUCUUGCCAUUGUACUUUGAGAAAAGUUGACUAUUUGCUCACGCAGUUGUUCACAAAGUGGUGAACCUCGCCCCAUCCUUGCUUGUGAAUGACUGAGAAUUUUGGGGGAAGCUGCUUUUAUACCCAAUCAUGGCACCCACCUGUUCCCAAUCAGCCUGCUCACCUGUGGGAUGUUACAAAUAGAUGUUUGAUGAGCAUUCCUCAAUUUCUCAGUAUUUUUGCCACUUUUCCCAACUUCUUUGUCACGUGUUGCUGCCAUCAAAUUCUAAAGUAAAUGAUUAUUUGGAAAAAGAAAGUUUAUGAGUUUGAACAUUAAAUAUCUUGUCUUUGUAGUGUAUUCAAUUGAAUAUAGGUUGAAAAGGAUUUGCAAAUCAUUGUACUCUGUUUUUUUUUUUUUUUUUAUGAUUUACACAUCUUCCCAACUUCAUUGGAAUUGGGUUUUGUAGUUCACUCACCUUUUAACACCAACAAAACAAGUUUAACAACUGUAAAACUGUUACUUUUAUAACCAGUGCCCUUGAGUUACUUUAAAGCAAUAGGAAACUUAGGGGUGCACUCACCAGCUCUGCUGCCAUUACCUGGAUCGGGGGACAGAUUUUGCUCCACUUAUUCCUAACAGGGAUGACUGUGGCCUGGAAACUCCUCAGUCUGCUCUCACAUCUAUGUGUGUGAACAGUCAAUAUUAGCUGACUCAAGGCCAGCCUGAGAUGGAAACUCUUUUUUUUUGCAAUAAUGUUUACCAAUUUAGGGAGCUAGCAAAAAGUUGUGUUUUUGCCACAGUGUCAACAGGCAGAUUCUGCAUGUGCUUUUAAAGCAAACUAUGAGUCCUCACCAUAUUUGGGUAUUAUUGCGUUUUGGUUCUCAUUAUUGGUUAUAGCAAUAGCCAAAUACUAGUUCAUAACCUGGGGUGUGAAUCGCAGGCUACAUGACACACUGUAUUAGAAUGACUUUGACUUUGAGUAGAUUCAAUUCAAGGCCUACCAAGUCAUAGUUAUUUUAACUCCCCCAAAAAACUAUUUAAAUGUGUAUAAAACUAACUGUGAGAAUUAUAGUUGAACAAACAUUUUUUUUACUUAUAAUGGCAGAAAUAAAAUAAAAACUUGUACUCAAGUAACAGAAAAAAAGAAAACACUUGCAUUGCAUUCAAACAGGCAACAUAUACCAAUAAUUCAUGCUCUUUAAAUACACUCUGUCAAACUCAGAUUUUAAGAUAGUCAAGUCACUUGUGCCCGCCCACCAUGUGCUGAAUAAAAAGUCUUGUAGGAAGUCUUGUACUUCCUCUCAGCACAAGGCUGAGAUGAAAACAGAGAGAAAGAUGUUUGUCCUAGUCAUGAUGUUUCUUCAUUAAUGCGCAUUGUUCAGCCCUCUCCUCAUCUUUUCUCUUUACAGGAGUUUGAUGCUGUCCUGACAGACCCCAUGGUGCCCACAGGAGCCUUAAUAGCUCAUAAACUAGGUGAGUUCCUCCACACAGAGGGUUGCCUCUAACUCUGCACAGUACUUACCGGUCUAUGAUUCAUCAUUUUCAGGUUUGCCCAUUAUCAAUGUGCUGAGGGGGAUCCCCUGUGGCCUUGAUCUGAAAGCAAUAGGCUGCCCCUCUCCACCUUCAUAUGUACCACGUUUCUUCACCGGGUACACAGACAAAAUGACCUUCAAAGAGAGAACCAUCAACACUGUGGUGAGCAUGUUGACUCAGAUAUGAGUUCAGCUUCUGCUCUGUGUUUUUUACUUUAUCAGAUGAAAUCAAACUUUUACCUACAGUUCAAUGUUGGUUUGGACUCAAUGAGAGUGUGAUACCUCUGACCUACAGGUGGCUUUACUGGAGCCUUUGUUCUGCAGACUGCUGUACUGGCACUUUGACAACAUCGCCUAUCAGUUCCUGGGAGAGAAAGUGGGCGUGGCUGAGGUGCUGUCUGAGUCUGCUAUUUGGUUGCACAGGUAACUUGUGCAAAAGCUUUACCUGUAGAAGUACACACACUUAUUCAUGAAUGUCACAUGAUCUCAUGCAGUAUUCACCGAGCCAUCUUUAGAACUAACCUAAACGAAAGAAAAUUAAGAAAAUUUUCCUGCAGAUUUUGGUGGAGUUUGAGGUUCACUCAGGAGAAAUGAUCCAAACAUAGGUAUUUUCUUUAUCUCACUUCAGUCGAGGCAUUUGAUGGCAGCCAUGAUGAAGAAGUCACAUGACUGAGAUAAAUGAAUAAGUUGUGACUGUGUAACAAAACAUGAUUUAAUGUUCAGAACACAAAGGUAUGAUUAUGGCUAGGAAGGGCUCCGACUAAAAUUCAAUCAGCCUCCCUACCCCAAAUCCUGAACUUCAAACUUUGAUUGGUUAUUUGUCUGUUGGAGGCGGGGCUAUGUUGCAACAAGCUGCCCAAAGAUUUUGCUGAUUAUCUUUGAUAGAAUUUUAAAUUGUUUAAAAAAAAAAUUCUUACUUUACCUGUUUUGUAGAACAGGUGUGUAAUAGAUAAAUGAAGUAAUAAAGGCAAGCUCCACUCAAAGCUGUAAUUGAGAUGCAUUUUUUACAGUGCUGUCAAUAAUCUGGUUUUACACCUACUCCUUCAGAGUGGUUAAACUGUGAAAAAGUAAAAUAGAUAUUAUUGUUUAUUGGUUGUGGUCUUGUUAACUUUUGAAAGUUUUUGAAAAAAUAUCACUAUGAUUUUUAGUGUUUCAUAACCAGCCAAAAAGUACAGACAUGCAGUGUCAAGGACUGACACAUCUUUAGGUACUCUAUUAGAGAUAUAACAAUGAGGAAAUUUAAAGUGAGUUUGCCAUUUCUUUGUGUGAUGACACUUGAGUAAUAUCUCUCUCUGCUGUUCACAUACAUAGUGCUGUUGUUUGUUUGAACAGGAUUGACUUCACUCUGGAGCUGCCUCGUCCUCUCAUGCCCAACAUGGUGCUGGUUGGUGGAAUCAACUGUAAUGUGAGAAAUCCUCUAUCAAAAGUAAGAGUUUGAAUGUUAUUCUCUUUUUAAUAGAAUAGAAUAGAAUAUUCCUUUAUUGAUCCCCCAUAGGGGAAAUUUUUUUGUCAUAGCAGCAUCACAGACAAAGAGUGCAAAAAUGCAGUUAUAAAAAUAAAGAUCGUAAUAUUAAGAACUUAAAUAAAUGUAAUAAUUAAGAAAAAAAUUAGGACAAGGAAAAAGGGAGAAGAAAAAUAAAACUAUAUACAAUAUACACGAUUAAAUGCCAGAAAAAAAGUGGUGGUGUGAGUCCAGUUUUAUUACAGUUCGUUGUAAAGUCUUAUUGCAGAGGGGAGGAAUGACCUGCGGUAGCGCUCCGUCUUGCAAGGUGGGAGUCUAAGUCUGCUGCUGAAGGAGCUGCUUAAGGCCCCCACAGUCUGGUGCAGUGGGUGAGAGGGAUUGUCCAUGAUGGAUACAAGCUUUGCUAACAUCCUCCUCUCACCCACCUCCUCCAGGGAGUCCAAAGAACAGUCCAGGACAGAACUGGCCCUCCUGACCAGUCUGUUCAGUCUCUUCCUGUCCCUCUCGGUGCUCCCUGCCCCCCAGCAGACCACUGCAUAGAAAAGUGCAGAUGCUACCACAGAGUCAUAGAAAGUUCUGAGCAGAGUCCUGCACACUCCUGUAUUCCAGCUCAUCCCCUGACGAUACACAUCCAACGAUAGCUGUGUCAUCAGAGAACUUCUGGAGGUGAUAGCUCCCAGAGUUGUAGCUGAAGUCCGAGGUGUACAGGGUGAAGAGGAAGGGGGAGAGCACUGUCACCUGUGGAGCCCCCGUGCUGCAGACCACCAUGUCCGACGCACAGUUCUGAUGCCUCACAAACUGUAG